CGCCAGAAUGGCCACCUCUUUCGUCGCCCGUCGUGGCUUUUCCACCACCCGUGCCCAGCUCGGCAGCCCCUACCACUACGCUGAGGGUCCCCGUUCCAACCUUCCCUUCAAUCCCCUCACCAAGUACUUCUUCUGGAGAUACUGGGCUUUCAUGAGUUAGUCCCUCCGCGCCGGAUGAGAACGGCUUUCAUGGGUCAAUGUCACUAACUCCAUUCACUAGUCACCGGCUUCGGUGCUCCCUUCGGUAUUGCUGGUAUGUCACCCAUUGCUCCACAAGCACGUCCCUUCAGCAAUCGUCUAACUCUCACUCCAGUCUGGCAGACCUACAAGACCCGCUAAGCGCCCUAUUGUGCUGUGCAAUAUUCACGCGCAACGGAAAUUGGUGGGAUUCGGGGGAUCAGCGGUCGAGUGUGUAUCCUAGAUCGGAU